AUGGAAGAAGAAAAAGAAGAAAAACGACUGGCUGAACAGAGGAUGAGAAUUCAAAAAGCAUAUGAAGAUGAACAAGAAGAGAAAAGAAAGAAAGAGGAGGAGUUUUCAAGGCAGCCUUCUCCUAUCAUUCCUGCUCUUCAGAACAAAUCAGUAAGAAAAGAAGAAAGGAUUCCUUCUGCGGAGAGUCAUAUAUCUUACUAUACACAAGAUCCUCCACAACCAAGGAUUCCUUCUCCACCUGUCCCUGCUAGAAGAAAUCAGUUGCGUGCAUUUGAGGAAAGAAAGAAUGUGAUAAAUGAAUUAUCAGAGAUGAGGAAACAGCUUCGUAGUGAAGAGAGGCGACUGCAGGAACAGUUGCUAAAUGUGGUCAGUGAUGAUGAUGUACCAAUUACACGUGGGAGGAGAGAGAAGAAUCCAAAGGACAUAUUUGAGAUGGCCAGGCUUCGUCUGCAGGCUCCAGUAAGGCAGCCUUCAUCAAAGGAGUCACAAGAUCCUGUCAAGAUACAGAAUAUCUGGGAUUUUAAUGAACUUAAAUACAAAGAUUCUGAAACACGUAUGGGCUUGAGGCACAUGUAUCCCGAUCCUCCAAAAGAUGACCAAACUCUAGAGAUUCAACAGCAGGCGCUGUUGAGGGAGCAGCAGAAGAAACUUGACAGAAUGAGAAUGAGGAGAGAAAUAGAAG